GAGUGCGUACGCACAGACUGCUGGGAUGCUGCCUCUCCCCUCUGGGUCUUCCAGUUUCCCGGCGUGCUUAGGGCCCGCCAAAUGGGAGGGGGAGACGCAAGAUGGCGGCAGCCGCGAACUCCGGCUCCAGCCUCCCGCUGUUCGACUGCCCGACCUGGGCAGGUAAACCCCCACCUGGUUUACAUCUGGAUGUAGUCAAAGGAGACAAGCUAAUUGAGAAACUGAUUAUUGAUGAGAAGAAGUAUUACUUAUUUGGGAGAAACCCUGAUUUGUGUGACUUUACCAUUGACCACCAGUCUUGCUCUCGGGUCCACGCUGCCUUGGUCUACCACAAGCAUCUGAAGAGAGUUUUCCUAAUAGAUCUCAACAGUACACACGGCACUUUCUUGGGUCACAUUCGGUUGGAGCCUCACAAGCCUCAGCAAAUUCCCAUCGAUUCCACAGUCUCGUUUGGUGCAUCCACAAGGGCAUAUACUCUACGUGAGAAGCCUCAGACACUGCCGUCAGCUGUGAAAGGAGAUGAGAAGAUGGGUGGAGAGGAUGAUGAACUCAAGGGCUUACUGGGGCUUCCAGAGGAGGAGACCGAGCUUGAUAACCUGACAGAGUUCAACACUGCCCACAACAAGCGGAUUUCCACCCUGACCAUUGAGGAGGGGAAUCUCGACAUUCAGAGACCAAAGAGAAAGAGGAAGAACUCACGGGUGACUUUCAGUGAGGAUGAUGAGAUCAUCAAUCCAGAGGAUGUGGAUCCCUCAGUUGGUCGCUUCCGGAACAUGGUGCAGACUGCAGUGGUCCCAGUCAAGAAGAAGCGGGUGGAAGGCCCUGGCUCCCUGGGCCUGGAGGAAUCAGGGAGCAGGCGCAUGCAGAACUUUGCAUUCAGUGGAGGACUCUACGGGGGCCUGCCCCCCACGCACAGUGAAGCCGGCUCUCAGCCACACGGCAUCCAUGGGACAGCACUCAUCGGUGGCUUGCCCAUGCCAUACCCGAACCUCGCCCCUGACGUGGACUUGACUCCCGUCGUGCCAUCAGCAGUGAACAUGAACCCUGCACCAAAUCCUGCAGUCUAUAACCCCGAAGCUGUCAAUGAACCCAAGAAGAAGAAAUAUGCAAAAGAGGCUUGGCCGGGCAAGAAGCCUACACCUUCCUUACUGAUUUGAUAUUUUUGGUCAUGGAGAAGGGUGGGAUUGGGUGGGAAUUGGGUGGAAGGGUGACGGGGGAGCUAAUGAACUAGGGAGAAAAACUUUCCAUGUGUGCGGUCUCGUCUUUCAGAAUGUCUCCUGGGGCCCUAACCAUGUAAUGUUAAAGCUGGGGUGGGGUUGGACUAUCCCAUAAAGACCUGUCUUCAGAACACUAUGAGUGUAGAACAGUGUUUCAUAUUUCCCACUAGGUAGGCUGCCCUGGCCCUUUCCCAGGCCUCUUCUAUCACCACCUUUUUCUUUUCUUCCUCGUUCUGGGGUCAGUUUGAUUUAAAGUCAUGUGUACCCUGGGGAGAGACUCCAGGCCCUCCGGUGGCAUCUAGAGCUGUGCUGAUGGCAGCAGCAUCACCAGCCUGUGGGUCCAGCAGCCUGGUUUCUGUUUACUGACCCUGCAAGUCCCAGGUAGCAAAGGGUUCGCCACGGAUCCCAGGUCUAUCAAAAGAGGGUUUAGAAUUCUUCAGUUAAGCUAAGGUUUCAACUCAGAAAUGUUUGCCUGGGUCACUGGUUUUGAGGUUCAAUAGUUAGGCUUUUUUCUCUUUUGUCCUUUCUGUUGGAAUGAGAACAUUUUGAUUUUCUUCAUCUGUGACCAGUGCUGUAGAUACAGGUGGGUAGUUUGAAACUUACGGUAUUGUUUGAACUUCACUUGUUUCUCUUGUCACACCUGAGUACUCUACUUGCUGAAGUUUUUCGUUUGAUUCCAGAGUACUGUCCUCUACUCUUUAAGGCAUUGCUUUCCUAUUCAAGUGUGUUAUGAAGGCAAUUUUUAAAGGAUAUGACCAGUUAGAGCAACAAUUCCAAUUGAAAAAAUUUUACUUUGCAAGUAACUGAUGUCUCUAAGAGGACAUUUUUAGGUGUUGGUUCAGAGGCUCUUCCCCCCCACCCCCCCACCCCCUUUACUGAGAGCUCUCAUAACCCAGAGCUCCAGGACUCGGCCCAGUAACAAACACAGGAGACGAAGGUAGCAAACAGUGAUAUGAGCUUUGUACAGAGAUUUGUACAUUUGUGUAAUAGGCCUUUUCACGCUUUAUGUGUAGCUUUUUACCUGUAACCUUUAUUACAUUGUAAAUUAAACGUAACUUUUGUCAUU